AAAAAAAAAAAAAAAAAGUCCCAUUCGCAGUUUGCCACAAACCAAAUAGGGGUCCCAUGAAACACAUGAAGAAGGAACUCUGGUCAGAUGAGAGCAAUAUUGAGCUUUGAAACCAACUGGCAGCAUCGUGGUGAGAAGACGCUUUUCCUCAGCAGAGUCAGGGAAGUGGGACAGAGUGAACUGGAAGACAGACUGAGCAAAACACAACACAAUCCUGUUAGAAACCUGGUGAGACUGGAGUGGAUGUCCUGCAGGACAACAUAACUAAAAUAUACAGCCAGAGAUAAAAUGGGAUGGCUCAGAUUAAAACAUGUUCAUGUGUUACAGCGGCCUGGUCCUGGUCCAGAUCCAAAGGAGAAUCUGUGGUGAGACUGAAAAAUAGAAAAAUAGAUGUUGAAAGAUGUUUUUCAUCCAGUUUUGCACAUAUUUUAGCCACUAUAUGUGUAAACCUGAUAUAGAGAUAACCCCCCCCUCCCCUCCAAAAAAAAAAACAUACACAUAUGUAUUCUUUAUUACCAGCCUUCAUAACAUGACCUGACCUUUUUAUUAUCAUGUAAGGUCAUGUGAUAAAUUGUUUGAGAAAUGCGAACGGCGACACUGCAAACUCAUAGACCGCGUUUAACACACUGACUGCCGCCACGGAAGCCUUUAAAGUACCUGAAUAUUGUGCAUUUGUCUUUUUCCGUGCGGAUGGGUUGUUAUCGCGAGGAACUGGGGAGGUAAAGCGAAGCGAGAGCGCUUUCCUACGUCGACGCUUCCAGAGUGGCACAGAAACGGGGACGUACAGAAUGCCGUCUCCGUGUCUUUAUCAUGGACUACAUUUAUGACUCGACCGACUGCAUUUUGCGCUUCUUAAUGAAAACUGUGUCCAGUCUCCUUUGCGCUGGCUUCUCCCACCGCACAUCUGUAACCGCUGGCAUCCCGUUUUCAGCACCUGGACAGCUCCCCGUCGAGCAGCUCUUGUUAUUAUUAUUAUUAUUAUUAUCAUCAUCCUCAUCAUCAUCAGGCACAUGGAGUCCCUGGUGUGAUUGUGGGGGAAGCCCUGCAAGCACAUUAUGCAUCUACUGAUCCGGUGAAAGCCUCGUCGUCUCCGCUAAAGGAUGGUGCUUCCAACCCAGAGGAGGUGUUCUCUAUCCUCUGAGAAGAAGCGAUACGUGUGCGCAGUCGACGCAGAUUUAAGCCUAAUCGCUGCCUACACACAGGAAGAUCCGAGCUUCAGUCACACCGAUCACCACCAUCAUCAUCAUCAUCAUCAUUACAAUAAUAAUAAUAAUAAUAAUAAUCGGUUAAGGAAGGGAUAUCACCAUCACUGCUGUGUGGUCAAUGGAGAAGGGACCAUGUAGAAUAUACUCAAGAGAUAUGGCCCUGACCAGAUCUCUGCAGUGGUGGAUUUAGCUCCUGGCUUCAUUUAAAGAAGACAUAUUAGCAGCAACAAGACAUGAGCAAUACCCAAGCUCCUCCCCAGGGUGGAGCCUCGGAUCUGGAGGUCAUCUCCCAGCAGGUGGAGGAGGACAACCAGUGCAUGGCUCCAGUCCAGCUGGUCAACUUCACCUACAGAGACUUGCCUUUGGCGGCCCUGGACAUAUCUCUGGCUGGAUCCCAGCUCAUCUCCAACCCUGACGAAGAGGACAACAGAGAUGGGUCCAACUGGCUGAAGCCUUGCUGUGGACGGCGGGCGGCACUGUGGCAGGUCUGCCUGCUGUCAGCAGGUUUCAACUGUUUCCUGGUGGCCUGUGUCAUCCUGGUGGUGCUGCUGCUGACAGUGGAGUUGCUCAUUGACAUCAAGCUACUGCAGUUUAAUAACGCACCCCAGUUUGCCAGCAUCAUCCACUGGAUCAGCCUGGCUAUCCUCUCUGUGUUCUUCACCGAGACGGUGUUCAGGAUUGUGGUGCUGGGGAUAUGGGAUUACAUUGAGAACAAAGUAGAGGUGUUUGAUGGAGCUGUCAUCGUUCUCUCUUUGGCCCCCAUGGUGGCCUCCACAGUGGCCAACGGCCCCAGCAGCCCCUGGGACGCCAUCGGCCUCAUUAUCUCGCUGCGCAUCUGGAGGGUUAAGAGAAUCAUUGACGCAUAUGUUCUGCAAGUGAAGGUGGAAACGGAGCUGGAGAUCCAGCAGUACGAAAAGGCCAAAGCAGUGCGGGAGGAGCAGCUUGAUCGGCUAACCCAGAUCUGCCAAGAACAAGCUUUUGAAAUCAGACAGCUGAGGGCCCACCUGGCCCAGCAGGAUCUGGACCUGGUAGCAGAGCGUGAAGCCGCCAUGCAGAUCCACCAUAUGUGGGGGAAACAGAGCAGCAGCUUCCAGGAGGUGGACGGGUUGGCAGCGGGGGCCUCUGACCAUCACAGACCAGCCAAAGUUAGGGAACCUCGGGGGGCUGCAGAUCAUCAUGGUCAGGAUGACAUGAAUAACUACAUCAGCCAGUACUACAGCGAGCCAAGCAGCGACAUGGGGAUCCCAGACCCAGCCCGUGUCAUCACCACGGCAGCGAUAGAUGUCCAUCUGCCCAACAACCCCAGCCAGCUUCCCUCUACCUUAGUGAGUGCCGACGCGGCGCCGUCCAGCCGACUGCAGCGCACCAGCAGCUCUGUGAGCGAGGCGUCCACCACCGCCGUGUCCCGCAGCAGCUUCAGCGCCCGUCAGCACAGCAUCAGCAGCCACACGCUGGGCUCCAGCAUGGACUGCAGCUCCACGGUGCGCGAGGCCUCCACCUCCACGGACUACAGUGACCAGCGCUGCUACCCGCCACCGUACAGCAGCCCGCUGGCCCUGGGCCCCCAGCCGCGGGGGAGCCCCAGCGCCGUGGUGCAGGAGCUGCUCUACUCGCUUUCUGAGGACUCCUGUCUCACUCAGAAGGGCUUGGAUCCCGUUAAUCUGAAACCGCCCAGUCCGACCGGUUCCACCAAAACCAGCCCAGAGCUGGAGCGCAGACUGAACAUUUAUAACAAGAGGAACCAAGAGAGCCGGAUCGGGCUUCACAGCAAGCCUGUUAUCCACCUGGAGGGUAACGAGCCUCUGAUCGAGGAGAAGUACAGGAUGAUGGGAUCAGUGGAGACUUCAGUCAACCGCCUGUCAGAAGCGUAGGAACUUCACAGACCAGCUAUCGAGGCGUACUCGUCUGAUCAAAUGCAAAAAAAAAAAAAAGAAAAACCUCAAUUACCCUGACAAGUCACUGGCACAUGAACUCUGCCUUUAAUCCUCUUUAUAUUGCUGGGACGUAAGAGGAUGAACUCACCACAGGGGGCACUGAUAAAAUAUAGACAGAUUAUUCAUCAGGCUACACUUUUCAGGAAUUGACAAUUUCUUACUUUUCCUAACACAAACCAGCAGCGUGAACAAGGUCUGGCAUUACAAACAAACAAAAAAAAAAAAACAGCCUGUGCAAACAAGUUUGCUUUUCAUAUGUUUUCUUUUUUUUUUUUUUAGAAUAUGAAGAGGGGAAGAUGAUGGUGCUGAGGGCUUAACGUUAUUGUUCUUACACUUUAGAGCUCUCCAAAUCUCGUCUCAUUACAUCACCUGGAAACAGGCAGCAGUGUCUAAGUCAGAAUCUCCAAAUUCAUUAACAGUCCUUCUCGAUGGACUCCUGCAGGGCAAAAAAUCAUCUCAACUUCUAUUCUUUGACUUUCUACAUUUUCAUCUACAGUCAGAGUUAAAGGAAUUUUAUCUUUGGACUUUUAAAAUGUCAGAUGAUUUGUAAUUACUCCAGGUGUCAUGACUGGAAACUGUCCGACCCCAGUUUAAUAAGAUUAUUCAAGAUUUUGCCAAACCACAUUAAGGUAUUUAAAACCCUUCAGGUUUCAUGUAAGCUUAAAUAAAUUUUGUUUGUUUUACAUACUUUUGUGUAAAUAUUCACAAAUGAGUAUGACUGUCUCACAAAACAGCAAGAAAUAUGAGAAGUUUAAAUAAAGUGCAAAAAGAAAAAAAAAUGAUAGCAUGAACCUUUAGGAUUUGUGACCACAUUGGAAACUUUUUAAACGUUUCUCUGAUCAAGGUAAAGCAAUGCUGCAACUUAAUAAAAAGCAAAAAAAAAGGGCAAAUUCAUAGAUGUUUUGAGCUGUGUGUUUAAUACACUGCUUUUCAAAAAGCAUCUUUUUACUUGCUGUACAUUUCCUUUGAGACAUCUUGCACGUAAAAUUCAGACAUCCCAAAGUACCGUCCCAAGACUUUAAAUACAAUUUACAUGUACUACAGAAAGCAAAAAGAUAAAAGCAGAGGUUAUCCAUUAACCAUCUGAUACCUGCAAUCUACGUCAAAAACUGGAAUUUAAAAGAAUGACGAGAUUUUGUAGAACAACAUACAGAUUCAACGUGUUAGGGCAGUGACUGUUUCCUAUGGUUGCUCUCCUAUUUAUUCCAUCUGCGCGACGAAGCGCUGGUUCGAUUUCCCCUCACUUGCUCAGAGCUUCCGUCAUCUCAGGAACAGCCUU